CGAUAGAAAGAAAGGCUCUUACAGUGGGAGGAGACGGUUUCGGGGCUUGAGCGGAGUUAGUUCCGUGCGUCACGGUGUGAAUUGAAGCACAGGGACAUGGUCUGAAUGGCUGUUUUUAGUCACUGGAGGAGGUUAUCAUGCACCGAACACCAGAGCAAGGCAUGGCUGGGAGGCCUUUCCGGGCCACCUACAUCUGGAGCAGCAUCAUCUCCAACCUCCAGUCUCACGUGGAGGUCAAGCGGCGGCGCCACAACCUCAAGUCCUACCACGACUGCUUCCUGGGCUCGGAGGCCGUGGACGUGGUUCUGGCCCACAUCACCCUGAACCGCCUGUUCGGCGACGAGGCCGUGCCCCGGCACAAGGCCGUGCGCCUCUGCCAGGCGCUGAUGGACUCCAGGGUGUUCGAGCCCGUGGGCGUGCGGGCCAAGAAGCGGGCCGCGUUCGAGGACAGCGGCUGCAGCUUGUACCGGUUCCUGAGCAGCCCCUCGCCGGCGCUGGCCGGACCCAACUCCCACUCCACCACCACCAUCGAGAGCGGCUACGACUCGCCGAGCAUGAGCGAGGAGCGCACGAGGAAGAGCAAGAGUCCCACGCGGCGCCAGCGGCCGGAGGUGAAGAGCCCCGCCGCCCCCUCCCCCGUGAACAAAGACAGGUCCGUCGAGGACGUGCUGGAGAACCUCAACCUGAGCCUGUCCGUCACGCCGCAGAUGAUCAGCCUGGGCCUGUCGCAGGAGCUCGUGGACGAGGUGUGGCACCAGCAGGCGGUGUUCCGGCUGCUGCAGCUCAUAGAGCUGCCUCUGCUCGAGGACCUGUUAGAGGGCGGGGACACGUGUCGGCCUUCCCUGCGCGGACGGGACAGCGAUCCGGACCUGUUGUACACGUCCAGCUAUUUGGAUCGCGAGGUCCUCAAGGCCUUCAGCGAAGCACAAGCCGACGACUGGCUGUCGGCAGCGGUGGACUGUCUGGAGUUUCUGCCCGACGAGCUGGUGGUGGAGGCGAGUCGGGGUUUGGCCGGUUGUGCCGACGACCCGCUCCGGAGCAAGAGGCUGCUCUACGAGGUCCUGGUGCAGCACUACGGGCUCCCGCAGCGGCCGCCGCUGCUCAGCAACCGCGUCUUCGACGUCCACACCGGCAUCUCGGAGCUCCUCGUGAACGGAAAACACGAGCAGUCCCUGGAGGCGCUGCAGCUGAGCCUGAGGCUGCAGGACGCCCGCAGCCGGGAGGAGCUCCGCAGGCUGCUGAGGUUCAUGGCCGCGGCAGCCAGACCGCAGGAGGUGAAGCUGCACCGGGAGAUUGAGAACCGAAUGGCGUUGAAAAGGUCGUUCUCGAGCGCCAUCGUUUACAGCAGGAGGCUGUCCAAAGGGAAGGUGGACCUGAUGGUUCUGUUCAUGAUGGAGAAGCACUGUGAUCUGUUCAAAAUUCCUGUUACGCUGCAUAAGAUGGUCAGCGACAGAUUAAAGAAUAUUGUAAAAGGGAAAGAUCCUGACAUGAUAACAGGGUCAACAUACUGCACAAGAGUGAGUCCUCAGACAUACUCACAAAAUGCACAGACAACCACUAGAGAGGAACUUUGGGCCUUACUCAGGGCAGUGCACGAAAACCCCAAACUAUCCACCAAAGAAAAGAGGCGACUACUGGGACAGUUCUAUAAAGGCCACCCGCAAUUAUUUGUUCAGUACUUUGGAAAUAGAUUGAGCAGGAUCAAUAUGUUGCUACAGUAAUAUUUAUUUGGUAGAUGAGAACAAAUGUAAUGUGAUGUGUUGAAGAGUAAGAGCAUUUGUAGUUUAGAACUACUGGACUGAAGAAUGUGAAUUUGAAUAGUUGUUCCUUAAUAAUAAGCAAUAUUUAAUUAACUACUUAGACAUUGUCUGAGUGCAGGACACUAAGAUGAAAUGUCCUGAGACUGUUACUGAAUGAGAAGUUGAAGCGUCAUUCAUCCGUCAACAGUGUUAAAAAGAACAAUGUGUCUGUUCCUGUGGUUGCUCAUCAAGGAUGCACAGAGGAGCCGCAGUCCAAACGCAAAACGGAAAUUACGACCUGGAAAUUUGAAAUUCCGAUUUUGUGCGGCGGCAUCUCAUCCAUGAGAAUCAGCCCUCUGGGUUUUCGCUUGUUGCUACAAAUCAGCGAAGCAGAUGUUUUGUAGCGUUGUUAGCUCGUAGCCACGUUUUAGUGGCAUUUUCAAAGAUGUGUUUCUAAUCAGGUUUGUGUCCCUCUGAUCAUUGAGGAAAUUACUUGAGUAAAAACUAUGCACAUCUUGUCUAUAUUUGCUAGCUUUUAAUAAACUGCAACAAGUUUCUCA